AUGGGUUCUCUGGAUACUGGGAUUUCAUUCGCAGAGUAUCUCGCCUGCAGCGAGCUCACUUUCGAGUGGGCUGACAGCUACGAUACGAAGAACUGGAGCCGUCUUGCGAGCAUUCUGGCCCCCACAGUCAAGAUUCACUAUGCCUCCGUCAACGACUUCAAGGACGACAAGCUCCCCGCCGCCGAGUUCGUCAAAAUGAUGUCCGCCCCGGAGUUCCUGGGCGACCCCUUAAUCCACACCCAGCACAUGAUGGGGGCAUUUAAAUACCGGAAAAUUGCUCCAGACCUCAUCGAAGGCUAUCACCAAAUCCGCGCCGCACACCAGCGAUACACGGGCCCCGAUUUCCAGGAGGUCGAGGCCAAAGGACAUGGACACGCGGUCAUCACGCUGACUUAUAGAAAGGUGGAUGGCGAGUGGAAGUGGGGGGGGAUAACCACGGAUAUCAGGUGGAAUGAAUUCGAAUUUCACAAGAUUUUCAGGUUUAAAUGA